AUGGCCGAUAAUACAUUCUUUUCGGGAGCCUCCAAUAUUCAGACGGGGAUAUUCAACUCAGGUCCAGCGCAAUCAUUUAAUCAGCCAUCAAUCCCCAAGCCAGAGUCCAUAGUGCCGCCUCUUACAACAUCACCUACGCGAAUCGCGGUUGCAAAUUUGAUGCCUGCUGCCCCUCCGGUUGAUCUCAACUGCCCUCCAACUACGACCGAGGAAAGGGAUACAGCCCCUUUCGCAUGCUACGCGACGCUUGAUGCGACCGAUAUUGUCACUUAUAUAGAAAGCGAUGUCGCAAUGCAAGAUCCUGCUUCGGACGGUUCUGUCCAAACUAAAAUUGCGCUGCCAAUUCAAAUCCGGUAUAAAUCGGCGGAAUUGACAGGUUCGGGGAGCGGAGCGUCGAUUAUACUGCCAACAGCAACUUUCAUAUCACAUCUUCCGCCACCGACUACAUCACCCGUUCCACAAACAACUUCCAAAGGCGGUUUCGACAAGGCAGCCAAAAUUGGCCUUGCUGUGGGAUUAGCUGUUGGAGUACCCUCUUUAGCAUUGGUCCUUUUUCUCCUAUGGCGCUUUAGGAAAAGAGUCAAGAAACCGCAAUCUGUCGACGCUGAGCCAGAGCAAGUCAUACAGACGCAAGUGCCCAACAGCAGGAAAUCACGUGUGAACGAUACGCAGCCAGAAGUGGACCAGACAGAGAAAGUCAACGAGAAGACGCACGUGAAUGAUACGCAGCCACAGGUAGACCAAGAAGUGAAGACAGAGAAAAAAACCUGGAGGCACCGACUUCGAUUCUAUCAUCGUGAAGCGAGUGAAGUAUCGGGCUACGCUGAUCGCAACAAAAUAUGGCUGCCUGGCGCAUGUCUCAGCCCUCAGGCCAUCGCAUCUAGCGACAAUCCCCAACGCACAGCCUUCACUCAAACAUCCUCCACAUCCCCAUCUUCAUCUACUAGUGGUCCUGUUCCAGCUUCCAGCACUUCAAGUGCCAGACUUGAAAUGAUGCAGCCGUCAUUCAAUCCCAUCUGCCUGAUAAUCUCAUUCUGCUUGGCGGCGCUAGCCUCACCUGCGCUCCGACAUCCAAACAACAACAACAACAAAACUCCCCAAAUCCCCUUUUCACUUCCCGUAGCCCCCACCUGGGAAACCCACGGCUCCUCCCUCAGCCUCUCACUAACCGCCUACACCGCGCCCCUAUCCACCUACUCCGACGUCAUCGACUUCCUCGUCGCCCUCGACGACGAGGUCUACCGACGUCGUUCCGCCCCCCAACAAGCCCCCGACGAUGAGCUAGACGGCCACUUCCAAUUCGCCACGCCGGAAGGCAUCGAGCUGGAAUUGAGCGAGGUUUCUGGCGCUCCGGUACCGCUGGAUCUUGGCAUGGUGGAGCAGCUGAUGUGGUUGCUUUUUGAGUGGGCGUUUGAGGAGGAGAGGAGUAACAUUUUGCCGUCUGUGGGGGAGAUGAAGGUGAGGUGGGUGAAGUUUGAGGAGCCCGUUGCUGUGGGGAGUGUGGGGAUGUCCGGGAAUCUUACGGGGGCUGUUUAG